GGUGCGCUCUCCCGCCGCGGGGCUGCACAAUGGCAGUCGUUCAGUAGGAUGGAUCCUGCCGUGGCUUUUGUUCUGCAGAUCCACCCAUCCUCCUAGCAGUCAAGUACCAGGCUAUGGUUUUCUCUCUGGGGAUCUUUCUUCCGCGUUUUGCCGGUGUCUCCGAUGAGGUUUUGGCCUCGGCUGGGAUUUCACUAUCUUACUUUUCGUUUGGCUUCAUGCUGAAAAAAGGGAUUUCUUAUAUUUGCUCUCCACGCUUUUGGUUAUAAUCCAGUGUUGGUCUAGGGGGAAUAACCAUUCAGCCUGGCUGAAAAAAAAGCAUCCAUUGAAAAGUCUCAAAGAAAUAUACCACGUGAGGAAAAAAAACUGGGAGAAGAACGGAAUAUAAUCGCUUUUUCUAUGAUAAAACUGGUGCCCCUCUUCAGGAGAACUGGUCUCAAUUUAUUAUUAUGCAACCACAAGGAUCUCUUCUUUCUCAGGGUGUAUAAGCUGCUGGAUUGCUUUUCGCCCAAAUCAAUGUGGUUUCUUUGGAACAUUUUCAGCAAAGGAUCGCAUAUGCUGCAGUGUCUUUGUGGCAAGAGUCUUAAGAAAAACAAGAACCCAACUGAUCCCCAGCUCAAGGGUAUAGUGACCAGGUUAUAUUGCAGGCAAGGCUACUACUUGCAAAUGCACCCCGAUGGAAGUCUCGAUGGAACCAAGGAUGACAGCAGUAAUUCUACUUUAUUCAACCUUAUACCAGUGGGACUUCGAGUUGUUGCUAUCCAGGGUGUAAAGACUGGGUUGUAUAUAGCCCUAAAUGGAGAAGGUUUCCUCUACACAUCAGAACUUUUUACACCAGAGUGCAAAUUCAAGGAGUCCGUUUUUGAAAAUUAUUAUGUAAUCUACUCAUCCAUGCUCUACAGACAACAGGAGUCCGGGAGGGCCUGGUUCUUGGGGCUGAACAAAGAAGGGCAGGUCAUGAAAGGAAAUAGAGUGAAGAAAACAAAACCAGCAGCUCAUUUUCUACCCAAGCCAUUGGAAGUUGCCAUGUAUCGAGAACCAUCUUUGCAUGAUAUUGGAGAAACAGUGCCAAAGGCUGGGGUAACUCCAAGUAAAAGCACAAGUGCAUCUGCAAUAAUGAAUGGCGGCAAACCAGUUAACAAGAGCAAGACGACAUAGCCAGAUCCUCACAGGUGUUGUGACUUACUGAAUCUCGAGUACAGUUGAGCGAUUUAUCCUUGCCAGACUUCCUCUCGGCAGUGUCUGUGGAUCAGCUUGCAGCAAGUCACCGACUUGCCCGUUGCUGUUUCUGAACUGAGUUGUUGCAAGUGGAUAAAUCUCAACAUGUAGCUCUACCCAAAACAAGAAGACACCUGGACAAACCAGCUAAACUCAGACCAUGGAAUGCCCUACCAGAUAUUGGAAUGCCUUUUUAAUAUCUUUUCUGUGACUGUGACACUUCAUGUGAAUCACAUACUUCACAAGUACACUUGAUACCUUGCCUGCUGACAAUUGCCCAUAAUCCCUUUUUGAGUCCACUUUCAGCAAAAUCCAUGUGUUUAAGUUCUAUUUUGUAGCACACAAAUAAUCAAGUAAUUUCUAGUUAGAUGCUGUAAACCUGUGCUAUUAUGAAUUUCUCUUCUUCCCUUUUUUAUAAGGCUGCUCGCUCCACUGUUUGUGAACUUUUGCAGGGAUUGUGUUUCUCUAUAACUUAAGUGUUGCCGGUGGCUUAGUUUUGAAAGCAAUCAGGGAAUCGGAAGCCUUCAAAAAUCUAUUAUUACAAAUUAUAUCUAUAAAGAAUAGGAUCGUUGUCUCUGGCUUACAAUAUUGAUUAAAUGUGAAUACUCUUUAGUAAAAGAUACUGUGCUUCUGAGGUUGGCGUUAUAGUGGAGGGAAGAGUGUCAAACACAACCAAUGGGGAGUUUUAUGAAACACGUGUUUGGCAUCCCCGUAUAGUUUCUUUUUGUGUGUG